AUGAGACUGUCUCUACCUUUCAUUGCGCUCUGCGCAGCACCGGCCGUUAUUGGUUUUGUUAUCCCAUUGGGGAUCAACCAUAAGGACCACGAUCACCAUGAUCCCGACCUGGUCAAGCACCACCACAAGCACCACGAUCAUAAGCACAAGCAUCUUCAUCCCCAUGAGCAUAUCCACGUCACCAAGCACAAGCAUCCCGAAAAGCCUUGCCCUAUCCUCACUGAGGAGAAGACCUGCAAGCUCUUUCACUAUGCCACCAAGGACGUUGAGGAGCUCAUUCAUGCUGCGCAGACCUAUGACUGUGGCAAUGAGGCGGAGUGCUGGCAUAAAAUUGUUCACAAGAUCUACAGCCUUGAGUAUGGGCUAGAUGCCUUUGACAAGUACGUGGACAGCACCACUCUCAAGAGAUGCUUGACCUGUGGAAACGACUCUCCUGUCGUUGGCUGCUUCCUUCACUAUGCCGAUGCUCUGAUCCGCCUUCUGAAGCUCCUGCGGCACCAAACCAAGACUCUUGAUGGAGAGGUUGAACGACCCGUCCUCACUGCCAUCAACAGUCUUCGUGUUUCCAAUUAUGCGUUGGUCUAUGAGAUCGGUCGCCGUAUUGAGUGCAAGAAGAGCCUCAAGAUCAUCAUGUCCAAGCAGGGAGCCAACGAUGGCACCACCAAGGGCAGUGUCCAGGCUGCCUUUGCGAAGUUCCCUUACACUCCCCUGAUCACAGGCGAGAAAUUCGAGAACGGAGUCGCGCUGGACAAGACCGAUGGCAAGGGUGACUCCGAGGGAGACGGAGAGAAUAAGCACAAGAAGGUGCACAAGCACUACCACAACCAUCACCACGGGCACAAGCAUGGGCACAAGCACGGUCACGGACAUGGCCACCUCCACGAACACGGUCACCUCCACGGACAUAAGCACGGGCACAAGCACGAGAAUGAGCAUCACGAUGAGCACAAGCACGAGGAUAAGGAUCCUGAGCACGAGCAUGAGUAUGAUCAUCACCACUAG